GGCAGGCAAAGCAAGCUGGCGCGCGCGCAGCGGAGGCGGGGAUUUCACCUUCGAGCCUCCCUCCCUCUCCGUCGCUCUCGUGCGCUGACUCUCUCACUUGCUCCGCUGCGAUAUAUCCGUCAGUUUCGCGCCGGGCACCGCGCAGUGAGCAGCCAGUUGAUCUUAGAGCGUCGCCUCAAGUUUGUCGGAUCCUCUUCAGCUGCGCCUGUAUCGCUCGACGAAUAUCGUCGCGCACUUUUGGUGGUCAGCCCGUGCCCACGCUCAGCCGCUCGGCGUACAACUCCUUCGUCCAAAGUGUCCUCGUCAGAGAGCUGCGCGCACGAAGCAUGGCGAGCACCACGGUGAAGCCGCCAAAGCGACAGCCGGUGGACAAGGCAGCGCGUCGCGCGCGCAAAAUCCGCCAACAGCAAGCGUUACAAGCUCGAACGGCCGCCCAGCAGGAGCAGGCCGCGGCGCAACGACGGCCCGUGGCUCAACAGCAGGCCACGGUGCAACGUCAACCCGCGGAACAGAAGCAACAGCAACCGACUGUGACGCAGCAGCAGGAGCAGUCGGAAGAGCAGGCCGUCGCGCCUCAGCCGCAGGAGCAGCAGGUCGCGGCGCCAAACCAGCAGCCGCGGGAGGAGCUGGCCGCGGCGCAGGAGCAGCAGCCACAAGAGGAGCAGAUCGUGGCGGAAGAGCAGUCGCCGCAGGAGCAGCCGGCCGCGACGCAGGAAUCGCAGCCCGCGGCAGCGGAGCAACAGGCUGUGGCGCAGGAACAGCAGUCGCAGGAGGAGCAGCCGGCGGCGACGCAAGAACCGCAGCCGCUGGAGGAGCAGGCCGCGGCUGUCCCGGAAGAUGCGGCAGCGCAGGAACAGCCACAGCCGCCGGUGGAGCACGAGGACCAGAUACUCGAGGCGAUCGACCAGCUACGUCGACGAAAAGCUAGACCCGACGCCGAUCGCAUCUGCAACUACCUGCUGCGCAAGUUUGCCGUCGACGCGCGCGACACCAUCGCCGAUCUUCACCUGCUCCUCGAGUCCGAGAAAGUCAUCCAGGUCGACUACAAGGGCCACACCAGCUACCGAAAUGCCAGCAAGUGGACCAGGCUACAGCUGUACAAAAACCGACCGGAGGGCUUCGUCAAGGAGAAGUACAACUCGAUGAUGGUCUCUAGGGCCGUGGCCCAGCUGCUUAUCGCGGAUCCCGACUACCUCGACCAAGGAGUGCCUGCUCUCAAGUUAAUUGAGCAGUUAGUGGAAGGCGUUUUAAAUCCAACGUCAAAACGAAUGGUCGAGGAUUUCCUGGGCAGAGAGGUUGCAAGUGGCAACCUGGUAAAAUUAUCUAAUGGAAAUUAUUCCAUGGUUCCUCCAAAUGCUGGUGCUGCAGCCGUCAAUGGUAAUGCUAAAGGAAAAAUUUCUUCCACAUCGGCAAAAGUAGUUAGUCAGCCUGAUGCAGAGUCAGAUUCUAAGGAUUCUACAGAUGAUCAGGACUCCAGCUCCAAUACCCCCAAGUCAAAUCAAACUUCGAAGACAGAUAUUGAGAAUAUGGAAACGGAAGAUUGCUAUGAAAUCAUUGUAGGUAGGAGACCAGAUGAUAAUAUUAGUAGGUCUAAAGAUGUCAAUGUUAAACUUGAGAAUGGAUACAGAAAGGAGAACAAGCAGAAUGGCCAGGCAUCAAACUCACCAGUUGCCAUAAAGGAAGAACCAAAGAAUGGAGUAGCAGCUCAGCCUACUCAGCGAAAAUCAAAAACAGAGAGGAAACAGAGACUUUGUGUCAGAACUGACGAUUCAACAGAUCUUGAGUUUAAGUUUGAAUCGUGUAGAAAAAGUUCCAGUUACAAGAGUUAUGACGAUAAAAAAGAUGAAGACAUAUACACUGAUGAGGAUGACCGAGAUGGAGAUGCUGGCAUAAGCUCAACUAAUCCAUCACCUACUCCAUCCCAUACCAAUGCUGGAGGUUUUAGGAGUGCCAGAAGAAAGCGAGCAAAAAAAGUAUUCGAUCCAUCAGACAAUAUGGUUGUGAAAAAGAAGCGAGGAAGAUACUCCAAAGUACUGCCUAAUCAACAGGAUGCACAAGAAACUAAGACUGCUACUCUGAAAGAAAGUCCAAAAGAUCCAAAUAGACAAUGUAGUUUGUGUUCUAAAAACAAAACAGAAUCUCUCAUAGCUUGUAGAGAUUGCACAGUCAGAGCUCAUCCAUCGUGUAUCUACACACCAGAAGAAAUGAUUAUCAAAGUAAAUACUAGCUGGCAAUGUGAAAGGUGCAAGACUUGUGUGGUUUGUUAUGAAACUUCAGAUGUGGGGCCACUAGUUACUUGUUACAAUUGUGAUGAUGCAUACCAUAUUUCCUGUCACACCCCUCGUAUACCAAUAUCAAAAAGUAAAUGGUACUGCAGCCCAUGCAAUCAGAAGCAUCAUUUCAAGUCUUCAUCGCAUAACUCAAGCUCUAACAAUAACUAUUCUAACAAUAAUAACACUUCUGAGCACAAGUCAAAUAACACUACUACCGCGACCAUUUCACGAAUCAUAACACAAGUUUCUCCUGUAAGACGUUCAUUAGAGCACCCAGAAGAAGAAGAAGAAGCCAUAGAUCCAAAUAUUCCAGAUGCAUCAGAUUGGAGCAUUGAACAAGUUUUUCAGUAUUUCUAUAGAUACUUUCCUCAUGAAUCGAAAAUUUUUAAAACUGAGGAAAUCGAUGGUGCCACGUUAAUGCUUUUAAAAAGAUCUGACAUUAUCAACAAAUUUGGCUUAUUAAUGGGUCCAGCUUUAAAAAUUUGGCGUUACGUAACUAUAUUGCAACACCGACGUGACGACACUAAACUUUAUUGGCUUUAGGAUUAUUACAUAGUUUUCAUUGUUCAUUUACUUACUUUUGUAAAGUUUUUUAUUGAUUACGCGUCUAUUUUAGUUUAAUUUUAUUAUCUUUAUGUGAAUAUUCUUAAACCAAGUGCAUUCAGCCUUGUACAUAUUGC